AUGACCGAGACAAACCCCGAGCUUGAACGCAAAAACGCGAGCAAGGUGUGGAAGUCUCUCGUCCAACAAUGCCUACCCGAUCGGAACCACGACCUGGAUUAUUGGUGGAGACUUACAGGCUUUCACCUUGCUAGUAUGGUUGAUAACGCCAACUACCCAACAGAAAAGCAAUACCAGGCACUUUUGUUUCAUUACCAUAUGAUUACCCCUUACUUGGGCCCAGCUCCAGGACUUAAUGGUAAUUCCACAUGGAAGUCUCUCAUGGGUAUUGAUGGAUCAUCCAUGGAGUAUUCUUGGAAGUGGAACACCAGUAUCGAAGACAAACCUGAGAUCCGCUAUGUCGUAGAGACUAUCAAUGAGCGCUCAGGUACAGCGACCGAUCCACUUAAUCAGCAGUCAGGUCGUGAUUUUAUGCAUCAAGUCCAGAAGAUCGUUCCUACCGCUGACUUUGGUUGGACUCACCACUUUCUAGCCCACUUGUUCGACCAUGAUAUCGCCAAGUUCGCCGCUGAAAACAGUGCUGGCGUUCCUGCUGUGGGCACCUUAGCUCACGCAGUUGAGUACAGUCCCAAAGGUUUGGGCAUCAAGUCGUACAUUUCCUCACGUACGCUUGGUAGUGGAGGUGGCCGCGCGAGUCUUGAUUUCUGGAACGACGCCAUCAGGAAGCUGAACCCAGAUAAUGCAAAUCUCGACAUUUUGAUGAAAUUUACUCGGGAAAACUCCUACGGCCGGCAUCUUGUGCCCUUUCUUCUGUCAGCGGACGACGUGGAUCCCAGCAAGGCUCGACUCAAGUUCUAUUUCAACUCACCCUCCACAAGCUUCCUCUGUGUGCGCAACAUCAUGACUCUUGGCGGAGUUAUUAAAGUCCCCGAGGAAAAGUUCAUGGAGCUCCGAUCUUUAGUCUUGACUCUGCUCGGACUUCCAGAAGAUUACCCAGACGCAGAGGACAUUCCCAGUAAGCCAUGGACACCUCCUACGCAGGAAAUAUUCUCUCAGCAACCAGAGCUCAAAGGAGGCUAUAUAUUCUACUUUGACGUGGCUCCAGGUGCCGUGAGCACCAUCUCGGAUGUCAAAUUCUAUCUUCCAGUGCGGCAGUACGGUCCCGAUGAUGGUGCCGUUGCGCAAUCCCUCGUACAAUGGUUAGAAUCACGAGGUCGCGGUGCCUACUCGGCCGGGUUUCUCCGUGUGCUUCAGAGUUUGGCGGAACACCGACGUCUGGAUCAAGGAAAGGGCCUCCAAACAUAUGUUGGGUUCAUCUUCAAGAAGAACGGUGAUUUUGAGAUCACGUCCUAUCUUGGGCCCGAAUUCUACCACCCAAAUCGGUUUCAGUAA